AUGAACACAGAUAGCGGUGGGUGUGCUCGCAAACGUGCUGCAAUGUCUGUCACAUUAACAGCUGUGAAGAGGGUUCAGAGUUCUCCAAACCUAUUGGCCUCAGGGUCUGAUUCUCAGUCUCCAGAUUCAGCUUGGCGAUCUUACAAUAAUGGCAGUAGAGAGACACUGAAUGGAGACGCUAGCAGUUCAUCUCUUUCAGCAAAAGGUUUUAGGAGCGUGCGGCCAAAUCUACAGGAUAAAAAAUCACCAACUCAGGCUCAGAUCACAGUGAAUGGGAAUUCUGGCACUGCUGCCAGCCCAGUGAGUCACUUUCAAAGGCCUUUUUCCCCUUCUUCAGCUUACCCUCCACCAGCUUCACUCAAUUCCAACAUUGUUAUCAUGCAGCAUGGCAGGAUGAUGGAGUCCACAGAGACAUACUCACAACAUGUUCAGAAUGUUGGCAGCACCACCACCACCAGUACAAUACCAAUCUGUAGAUCCUCAGAAGAAGAAAAAAAAAUUACAGUAAUUAAAGCACCACAUUAUGCAGGGAUUGGCCCGGUAGAUGAAUCUGGAAUCCCUACAGCAAUUAGAACGACAGUUGACAGGCCAAAGGAUUGGUACAAGACAAUGUUCAAGCAAAUCCAUAUGGUUCAUAAGCCUGAUGACGACACAGACUUGUAUAAUACUGCAUAUGCAUACAAUACUGGUAGCUACAGUCCAUCCUUCUCUGCUCAGGCACACCCCGCUGCAAAGACACAGACGUACAGACCACUGUCCAAAAGCGCUUCUGACAGUAGCUCCGAUGCCUUUAAGGUCUCGUCCCCUCUGCCACCCCAUGUGCCACCACCGGUACCACCACAUCGUAUGCGCCAACGGUCUACACCAGAAAAGAAUGACUGGGAUCCUCCUGACAGAAAGGUAGAUACUCGCAAGUUCCGUUCUGAACCAAGAAGUAUUUUUGAAUAUGAGCCGGGAAAGUCAUCGAUCCUUGAACACGAAAGACCGGCUUCCUUGUAUCAUCACUAUUCAACAGACAGAGGCCUGGACAGGCCCUCCAGUUCUGCAAGCACUGCGAGUGACUACAGAAAGCGAAGGAAGUCAGAACCUGCUGUAAGUCAUCAGAGGGCACACAGUGAUCAGAACGCCAACAGACCUAACCUGGGCCGUACAGACACACAGGGCCCAUCUACCACCCUUAGGAAGCCUUUAACUAGCUCAUCUCCUUCUUCUCCAUCAAGAGCAAAAGGUGGGGAUAUUAGCAAAGUAUAUCCAUCCCUUUUAAGUUACUCGGUGCACAACCACAACACCUCAAAUGAAUUAGAUUACUGUAGCACUUACAGACAACAUUUAGCUGUUCCAAAUGAUUCAAGAAGGGCAACCAGCUACAAGAAUGGCUGGCAAAUGACUCGCCAAAAUGCAGAAGUCUGGAGUAGCACAGAGGAAACCGCUUCUCCAAAGAGGAAAUCUCGUAGCUGUGAUGACCUCUUAACAGAUGAUCACGAUAGCUAUCCCGAUGCACAGGCCAAGGCUGAAAGCAUGGGCUCUCUGUUAUGUGAGGAGGACUCCAAAGAAAUUUGCUCAAUGAACUGGAACUCCCCUUAUGUUGAGGGCCGUGGUAGUGGUAGGUCAAGAGUUCGUCACAGAUCUGCACACGAUGCUCCAGGUUUCCUGAAGAUGUACAAAAAGAUGCACCGCAUCAAUCGCAAGGACUUGAUGAAUUCUGAGGUGAUUUGUUCUGUCAAGUCCAGAAUACUGCAGUAUGAAAAAGAACAGCACAAAGGUAUUCUUCAAGGCUGGAGAGAGUCUUCUACUGAGGAGGUGCCCAGAGACAUGGUGCCAACCAGAAUAUCUGAAUUUGAAAAGUUAAUUCAGAAGUCAAAAUCAAUGCCGAACCUUGGUGAUGACAUGUUGUCAACUGUUACAUUAGAGCCUCCUAAAAAUGGCUUGUGUCCAAAGAGGCGAUUUUCUAUCGAAUCCCUGCUGGAAGAAGAAACUCCAGUCAGACAUCCCUCUCAGGUACAACGGAGCUACAAGUCUAAAACCCUGGUGCCAAUUCAUAUUGAAGUGACCAGUGAUGAGCCACAACGAUCACAUAUCGAUUUUUCAGACAGCGAUCAAGAUGGAGUGGUUUCUGAUCUCAGUGACUUUAUCCAGAUAGAGGGUUCAUCCUUUUGUAGUGAAAGUGACUUCGAUCACUUUUCCUUCACUUCAUCUGAAAGCUUUUAUGGAUCAGGCCAUCACCACCACCACCAUCACCACCACCACAGGCAUCUCAUCAGCUCCUGCAAAGGGCGAUGCCCAGCAUCCUACACCCGCUUCACCACCAUGCUAAAACAUGAAAGGGCUAAGCAAGAAACCACUGAGGAUCCAAGGAGACAGGAAGCAGAAUCUGGCCUGUCUAAGAUAGCAUUCCUCGUCAGUCCAGUGCCUUUCCGCAGGAAAAAAAGUGCAGCUCCUAAAAAACAAACUGAAAAGAAAAAAUGCAAGUCAUCUGUAUUUGAAGCACUAGAUUCUGCACUUAAAGACAUCUGUGACCAAAUUAAAGCUGAAAAAAGGCGGGGAAGCUUGCCCGACAACAGUAUAUUACACAGACUUAUUACUGAGCUGCUUCCAGACAUUCCAGAAAGGAAUUCAUCUCUUAAAGCUCUGAAAAAGAGUCCCACGCACCAGCCUUUUCAUCCACUGCCUCAAGAUGGUGCUAUCCAUUGUCCACUGUACCAGAAUGAUUGUGGAAGAUUACCUCUUAGUGCCUCUUUUCCAGACAUGGAUGCAACUAACAACAAUGAUAGUGCACUGUGUUUCCAAGACCAGGAGUCUCCUGGAAGCUAUUCUUCUGCUUUCACUGAUGUGGGAAGAUGUACUCCAAGGGAGAGAAGAGGAACUACAGACAAAGAGAAACUGCCAGCUAGAGCUGUAUAUGACUUUAAGGCUCAAACUUCUAAAGAGCUGUCCUUUAAGAAAGGAGAUACUGUCUAUAUCCUCAGGAAAAUUGAUCAAAACUGGUAUGAGGGUGAGCACCAUGGAAGAGUUGGAAUAUUCCCAAUUUCUUAUGUUGAGAAACUUUCUCCCCCAGAAAAAGCACAGCCUGCCAGGCCACCUCCCCCUGCACAGAUUGGAGAGAUUGGGGAAGCUGUUGCCAAAUAUAAUUUCAGCGCAGACACAAAUGUGGAGUUAUCACUUAGAAAGGGAGACAGAGUAAUUCUUCUUAAGCGAGUUGAUCAAAACUGGUAUGAAGGUAAAAUACCAGGAACCAACAAACAAGGCAUCUUCCCUGUUUCCUAUGUAGAAGUCAUCAAAAAGAAUCCAUCAAAAAAUGUUGAUGACUAUCCUGACCCUCCAAUACCACAAAGCUAUUCUAGUGACAGAAUACAUCAUUUAAGUUCAACUAAGCCACAGCGCCCUGUGCUUUCUCAUGAAAAUAUACACAGUGGGGGGGAACCGUUUCAGGCUCUAUAUAACUAUACUCCUAGGAACGAAGAUGAAUUGGAGCUCAGAGAGGGAGAUGUCAUUGAUGUGAUGGAAAAAUGUGAUGAUGGAUGGUUUGUGGGAACCUCAAGAAGAACCAAAUUCUUUGGUACUUUCCCUGGAAACUAUGUCAAGAGGCUGUGAAAUUUUUUUUUCUACUUAUUUAUGCUGCAUCUCUGCAACAUAUCUGCAUAAAGCUGCUAGAAAACAUGCUACGCUGGCCUUCUGUUUUCUUGCUUGCAGUCUCAAAUAGAGGCCAUCUAGUUCAUCCUCAUCCCAUCCCACCCGCCAAACCGUUCCAGCAGUAUUACAGCAACGACCACAGUGUGAAUAACUAAGCUUUUCUGAGACAAGAGGAAUCAUUUCAACAUUUAAAUACUCCCUGCUUUAAAGUCUUUUCAUGUGAAACACAAUAGGAGAAGCCUGAUGACAGGUACACAGAUGAGUUGCCAUGGGGGGUAGGGGGAAAGGGGAGAAAAUUAUUCCUAGUUUGAACAUUUGUGGUACUACCAUGAAGUCUGGUGGGAUUUUUUUCAGCAUGCAUGUAAUACAGAGGAAAGUUGCUGUUUACUAUUUUUUAAAAAAUUGAUUUUACACGUUCUUAUUAGCUUGGCAGCAUUUGUUGCUUCCACAUUGCUGUGUCACGGGUUUGCCUAUUGUACUGGUUUACAAUGUAUGACAAACUAUAAUAUAGAUUUUUUUGCCUGCACUUGUAUGCUGUAACAAAUGCACAGUGAUUGUAAAAUCUCAAGGAAGCAAAGUGAAAAAUGGAAGAACUGCAAGUGUUCUGAAUGGGUGCAAUGGUAUUGGCUAAAUCUUUUGUCUUUUCCCUCAUGAAAAACAGUAGUGAACAUGUCGUUUUUUUCUGUUAAAAGGUAAGAAGUACAAAAGGCAGAAAGACUUGGGAAAGAGGAUUUAAGGAAAAGCGAGACAAUGCUGUAAGCAUAGACAAUAAAAACCUGCUAUUGAUGUCUGAUAUUAAAUGGUUGUAAUCAAAAUGUUGUAAUAGUAAGCACCAUGAAGUAUAAGAGGUUAGUGUUUUUACUUAUCAGGAAAUUAAAGAAGCAGGAAGAUAAACAGUGUUAGUGCAAAGGGUUGUUGGGUUUUGGUUUUUUUCUUUCCUAACAUAGCCACCUGAAAAAUAUUCACAAGCAUCAUGUACUGAUUUAUUUCACUAUAUAUGUGUAUGUAUGUUAAUGAAACCCAAGUUACACAUUCUUUUUAGGAAUUUAGACAGAAAAAAGACACAAGUAUUAAAACCGAUAUAUUUUAGAGGUGUUGGGUUUUGGUUUUUUGUGUGAAUGAACAAGUGUUUGAAACAUACAUUUUCCAUAAGCAAAGGUAAGCAUAAAUAGCAAAUGAAAUUAAGGCACAGAAUGAUAAUGACUAUGGCUUUAUAAAAAUAAAAAUUUGGAUUUGGUUUCUUUGGCACCUUAUAGAUGGCAAAAGCUUCUGCUGCAUUUCUCAUGGGAAAAGGAUCAAAAUUAUCAAAAUGUAUGUAGUCUCUGUAGCAUUUUGUAUAUAAUUUUGCUUUUUUGUACAGAGCCAUUCGGUUAUUGAUUUUUAAAAGAUUAAGUUUCUUAUUUGCCCUCUUCACAUACAGAACAUUUCAAUGUGUUUUUCUUUUCUUGCUCUGUUUACCAUAAGCACAUCUGGAUAGUGCAAUUCUGUAAGAUAGCAUUUUAUGCAAAAUUUUAUUAAUUAAAAUAUGGUUUACCAGCCAAAUCUAAAUGUACAUAUGUCUUUAUUACUGAGAAAGGUCAUUAAGGCAAAGGUAAAGAAACAUCUUUGUGCAGCAUACCUUUAUUAUUGCAGAUUUCAUGGCAAAAGCUUUAUAUUCAAAGGCUUUCAAUUUUAAACUAGAUCUGCAUGCAGCUUUGCUGUGAGAUUAAUACUAUCUUUGAUGCCAUUUAUGAUUGAGGACUUAAAUAUCUGUUGCCUGUGAUAUUUAAAAAGUACUGUUUCUACUCUGUAUCUGAUUUUAGAAAAUGCAGGGUUUUCAUACCUGGCUUUCAGGUAACUGACUUUGAAUUCCUACAAGCAAAAGGUCUCUGUGGUUUUUUUUCCUGAAUAGACUUCUAAUAAAUUUUGCUUG